AUGUCUGGACCGAUAAAUCAAAUAUUUUAUGAUGCCCUAAGAAUGGGUUCUUUUAGUCAAAACCCCAACGAAAGUUCAAAAGUUCAAACACUCAGUUCAGGUCCUAAGGAAUUAGGUGAAUUUAUGGCUGACGUGGUUUCUUCAUUACGGAGGGCACAUGAAUUUAGUUUAACUUCUACUGAUUAUGACAAUCUUAAUAAAUACUUUGUAGCAGAA